AUGGACUUCCUGCCCUCCUGGUCGAUGCAGUCUGGUCUCCUCCUUCUCUUUGUAGCCCUUGCGUCCCUUGCCUUCAUCAUCCAGGACCUGCUCAAGCUCUUGCUAAGGCAGUAUGUUUCUCCUCUUCGUAACCUCCGUGGUCCCCCCGUCUCUUCACGUCUCUUCGGCAACCUCAAAGAGAUGUACAACCAAGAAAACACCGGCCUGCUUGCUGACUGGGAAGCAACGUACGGCCAGGUCUACGCUUACAAAGGCUUCUUUGGUGGCUCCCGUCUCAUGGUAACCGAUCUCAACGCAUUAUCCUACAUUCUGGGAGAGCCAGACCUUUACCAGAAGCCCCGCUUCGUCCGAGAUAACCUCGCAGCCAUGGGUGCCGGCCACGAAGGCCUCCUCACCGUGGAAGGUGACACACACAGGCGGCAGGGACCUGCAUUCGGUGGACCACAGAUCAGAACAUUGUACCCGGUUAUAUGGCAAAAGGCUUACCAACUGAAAAUGAUAUGGCUCGAUAAAAUCACGAACAACGGUGAUAAAGAGUCUUGUGAAGUUGACGUUCUGUAUUGGCUCUCCAGAGUUGCGCUGGACAUCAUAGGGCUCGCCGGCUUCGGAUACUCGUUUAAUGCCCUCACUGAGCCAAACAACGUACUUUCGGAGGCAUAUGCUGCCAUCUUUUCCAACGCUCGAAAGCUGCAAAGUAGGACCAUAUUCGAAUCGUGGAUACCUUUACUGCGGAAAUUCCGCCACGAAAGUUCCGAGGAGAAAGAAGCCCAGGCUAUUGUGAAUCGUAUCGGAAACGAGUUGAUUGAGCAACGAAGGCUGGACUCCCUUGAGCAAGCGAGCAAUACCCAGAGUUCAAAGUCGACGAAUAAAGAUCUUUUGAGCAUCCUUGUUCAAUCAAAUCUUGCGGCGUCAGUAAAUCAAGGCAUGACUCUCCCUGAGGUUAUGUGUCAGAUUUCCACCUUUUUAAUCGCCGGGCACGAAACCACCGCGUCGGCGCUCACCUGGUGCAUGUACGCUCUUGCAAAGUCUCCUGCCAGUCAGCGCGCCCUCCGUCGCGCACUGCAGACCAUCUCUCCCGAGUCGGAGACCCUGGACGACGAAGUGGACCGGCUACCCUACCUCGAUUGGGUAGUCCGAGAAAGUCUACGGCUCCAUGCCCCGAUAACGUGGACGAUGCGUGCGGCAAUGAGCGACGAUGAGAUCCCGGUGCAGCAGCCCUACUUGGAUAAACACGGCCGAGAGCGGACUUCUAUAUCACUGAAGAAGCACGACAUUAUCACCAUUCCUAUACAGGCAAUCAAUAAAAGCAAGGUAUUAUGGGGAGAGGACACCCUCACUUUCAGACCUGAGCGCUGGGAACAUCCCCCUGAGAAAAUCAAGAUGAUCCAUGGUCUUUAUUCGAACACGAUGACCUUUCUGACCGGACAACGCAGCUGUAUCGGCUACAGACUUGCGCUCGCAGAGAUAAAAAUUCUUCUGUACGUCCUGGUUCGGGACAUCGAGGUCUCCAUAGAUCCCACAAUUAGUAUCGACAAAACGUUCAGCAUCGUUGCUCGACCCUCGGUUCAACCGGACAGGUCGCGUAACACGAUGCCUUUGCUGCUGCGUGCAGUCCAGGCUGUCCAGCAGCCCUGA